AUGGCUGAUGAUUCGAGCCCUACGUCGUUCACGUCGGAGCUCGAAGCCGUGUGCCGCGUAGCGUCGCAGAGUCAAAAGCAGACAGAGGCACUUGAACGGUUACGCCGAGUCGCUCAUGCAGCCGACGCGCUAGGCAUUGUUAGUGACAAUGAUCGGCUUGAUGAAAUAAGUACGCCGUCGCUGCGCGUGUUCUUUAUUGCGAGUCUUCAAGCACAGCUAGCAUCCUCUGCUCCUGUAACUUCCACAGACGACCGCAUGCGAGCACGCAAAGCGCAAGUCGAAGCAUCGUGUGGCGCAGCGCGUUUGUUUUUCUCGGUGGCACGGCGUCAUAAAGCCCUGCCGGCAUCUGUCAUGGCCCUGUUGCGCACGAGUGUGGAAGGUGAGUCACGUCCCAUGGCUCCGGCAGAAAAGCGGCAUUACAAAAUUCAAACGUACAAACUGGAAAAGCAAGUCCAAACCCAACUCCAGGCAAGUCGCCAAGCACUUCGUGACAAGGCCAAAGUUACGACGACAGGGCCAUCUGAUGUAUUUUACGAUAUGCUUGUAUUGACUAUGGACCAGGACGACGAAGAAGACGUGGUACCGGACGACAUUGUAUCAACGACGUUGGAUGUCAAGAUGCCAUCGACGGUCCGUGCGUACCUCCUCCUAUUGCUCGUUCUUCAUGCCCUUCGCACCGCCAGCGUCUUGGAAUCUGGCACGCAGGAACUCGAACUGCUGCAAGCAGCGCCGUCCAUGCCCGAUACCCAUGAUGCAGCAACGCAUGGCGCCGCUGAGGAAUGGCGUAUUGACGCGCCUUCUCGUUGGUUUGCAUCAACGGGGCCGCUUCUUAGUGAGCAGGGGAAGCCACUACGACCAUUUGUUAUCACGCCUGCCAGUGACAAACGUGCGCAACUGCAGUCUGAGGUAUUCCGUCCUUCACACCGCCUGCCAACGAUGAGUAUUGACGAGUAUCUCGCAGAAGAAGCGCGGCGUGGCAACAUCAUCGGCGCGUCGGAUAAGAAUGAGGCAACGCCGCGUGAAAAGCGGGCGGAGCAGGCUGAAAUGGAUGGCACGCAAGCCGCUGAGGAGGCGGAAGAAGAAGCGCGGCAGGAGGCGAUUCGAUGGGACACAUUCAAGGAACAGCAUCGUCGUGGCGAGGGAAAUACUAUGAACCGUGGCUAA